GAACUCUCCCUCACCUCUUCAGUCCCUCGCCUCCUUGUUUACACGCAUUCUGCCGCACCGGGUGACACAAACCUCAUUUAAACAUGGCGCUGGCACUCAACCCCAUCCAGAUCAUGAAGUCCGAGGCGGAGGAGGAGCGCUCUGAGACGGCGAGACUCAGCUCCUUCAUCGGGGCCAUCGCUGUCGGGGACCUCGUGCGCUCCACCCUAGGGCCGCGGGGCAUGGACAAGAUACUGGUAGCCAUGGGACGGAGCGAGGGUCAGAUUGAGGUCACCAACGACGGGGCAACCAUCCUGCGUAACAUCGGAGUGGACAACCCAGCCGCCAAGAUCCUGGUUGACAUUAGCAAGACCCAGGACGAUGAGGUCGGCGACGGCACCACCUCCGUUGUCGUCCUUGCCUCCGAGCUGCUGCGGGAGGCCGAGAAGCUUGUGUCUAUGCGGCUGCACCCACAGACCAUCAUCGCCGGCUACCGCAAGGCUACCGACGCAGCGCGCACCGCCCUCACCAACGCUGCCAGGGACAACUCAGCCAACCCAGAGAGCUUCAAGGAGGACCUCAUGAGGAUCGCCAAGACCACCCUCAGCUCCAAGAUUCUGGCACAGCACAAGGAGUUCUUCGCCAAGCUCGCCGUGGACGCCGUGCUGCGGCUGAAGGGCUCCGGCAACCUGGACGCCAUUCAGAUCAUCAAGAAGACUGGCGGCACGCUGGGGGACUCCUUCCUGGACGAGGGCUUCAUACUGGAGAAAAAGAUUGGCGUUAACCAGCCCAAGAGGAUCGAGAAGGCGCGCAUUCUGGUCGCUAACACCCCAAUGGACACAGACAAGAUUAAGGUGUUCGGCUCCAAGAUCUCCGUGGACUCAACAGCUAAGGUGGCCGAGCUUGAGCUUGCCGAGAAGGAGAAGAUGAAGGCCAAGGUUCAGAAGAUCCUCAAACACGACAUCAACGUUUUCAUCAACAGACAGCUGAUCUACAACUACCCCGAGCAGCUGUUUGCCGACGCAGGAGUGAUGGCCAUUGAACAUGCAGACUUUGCCGGGAUUGAGCGUCUUGCCCUCGUGACCGGCGGAGAGAUUGCCUCCACCUUCGACGCCCCUGAGCUGGUCAACCUCGGCACUUGUGAUGUCAUUGAGGAGUGCAUCAUCGGGGAGGACCGCAUGAUCCGAUUCUCCGGGGUCAAGAUGGGAGAGGCGUGCACUGUCGUUCUCCGCGGGGCCACCACACAGAUCUUGGAGGAGGCCGAGCGCUCCCUCCACGACGCUCUCUGUGUGCUUACCCAGACCGUCAAGGAGACCCGCGUGGUGUAUGGUGGAGGGUGCAGCGAGACCCUGAUGGCGCGUGCAGUCCAGGAGGCGGCCACACACAUGCCAGGGAAGGAAGCGCUGGCCAUGGAAUCCUUCGCCAAAGCUCUCCUCACCAUCCCCAUAACCAUCUCAGACAAUGCUGGCUUCGACUCCGCGCAGCUGUUGUCGGAGCUCCGCGCAGGGCAUGCCGACGGCGGGGACACCUUAGGGCUGAACAUGGAGGACGGGACCAUCGACUGCAUGGCCCAGGUCGGCAUCACAGAGAGUUUCCAGGUCAAGCGUCAGGUCUUGUUGUCCGCGGCAGAGGCAGCGGAGAUGAUUCUCAGGGUGGACGAUAUUCUCAAGGCUGCCCCGAGGAAGAGGACCACCGACAUGGGACACUGUUAAGGGGUGGAGGAAGAUGUGAGGAGGAGGAGGAGGAGGAGCUGUGGAGAUGGAGGAGGACAUUAGGAGGAACGCCAGGGUUGGGAGACACUCGGAGACCCAUCUAAAACGACCCUGGCUUUCGGGGGUCGCUCACACACCAAUGCUUGCCCACACCUCCCCUAACACAACCCCUUCUUCCCUAUACUGCCCCACUCCCCCAAAACAACUCCCCCUUCUACCCUAUGCUUCUGUACCCUUGCCAUCCUUCCCCAUGCUGCCCUAUGCUUCUGUACCCUACCCAUCCUUCUCCCCCAUGCUUCUGUAUCCUCCUCACUUUCCAUGCUGUCCUAUGAUGCCCUACAUUUGCCCAUGCUUCCCGACACUCCCUAUGCUGCCCUAUCCUUCCUUAUGCCUCCGUAUACUAGAUGAUCUGACCUUCCUCCUCCUCUCCUCUCUCUCUCUCUCUUCUCUCCUCUUCCCUUCUUCCUUUCUCUUCCACUGUCUUCCUCCUCCUAAACACACACUAGGAAUCACAACCUCUCUCUCUCCUUCCUCCUCCUCUCUCUCAGCCCAACAGACCCUCUCAGACCCCCACACCAGCACCCUCACACCUACUCAGCCCUCUCGCACCUCAGCCUAUGUCCUUUUUUUUUGUAAUAUCGCACUUUAACAGACUAACAGCAAGAGUUGGAUCGGAUGUGUUUGUUGUGAUGCGUUCGGAUAAUAAUAAUAAUAAAAUGUAAUGAUUAAUGGAAUG